AUGGCUAGAAUAACCUGGUUUGAAAUGACAUCUCUGACUCUGGCUGCACCCACUGUCAUCGUUCUGGGCUGUGCAACAACGAUCAUCGGCUGCUGGCAUGGCAUGGCGGGAGCUGUAGAGGACAAAGAGCAGCAAAGAGUGGCUUUCAAACGCCCGGAGCAGCUCCAUCGAGCAUGUGGUGCUGCUCCGGGGUCUGCCAGCCCCUACCCCACUGUCCGUGCAUGGUUCCUUUCUGUUACGGAGGAACCUUGGGUCGGCAGUGGCGCGACCCCUAGAGCCAAGUACCCCGCUAUGGGUGUCCAGGCCAGGGCCCUCGCACGCUUCCGGCUUGAGGACACAGUGGUUCAAUCCGCAUCAAGGAGCUACAUCACUGCCAGAACCCCCGUCCACAUUUUUGUUCCAGCACAAGUGGACAGCAUUCACGAACUCACUUCCCAGCCUCUCUUCCCCUCCCUUUCUCUCGCAGCAGCAGCAGCAGCUCAAAGCUCCCGAUCGAUCCUCAUCGCCGCCUCGUAUCUUUUCCUGUGGCCUUUCCCACCAAGCUUACUCAGUUGGUGCAACAGUCUCUGCUUUGUUUUGGCCGCUUCAAUAUCGCCAGACCCGCGCCCGAGCUUCCCUGCUCUCCUCCCGCCGCCCAGCUCUCAACCCCGGGAAGAGCUCGACAGUCUUUUCCAGCCUCCAUCGUGCAAUAGCGCAUCUGCUCCUUGCACACACCGACUACCGUCCCAUUAUCCCAUCAAUAUGGCGACGAUGCGAGGUCCCACCGGCUACGGCAUUGGCCAGCCCAAUCCCUUCGGCGGCCCUGCCUCCCCCCAGGACCAGGAGAACUCGAGCCCUCUGGACGCCAUUCGCGAGCAGACGAGCAAGAUUGAGGACAUGCUCGACACCAUCAGCGAGCCCAUCAAGCCCUACCUUCCCGCGAUUGGCCGUUUCCUGAUUGUUGUGACCUUCCUCGAGGACGCGCUCAGGAUAAUAACACAAUGGAGCGAUCAGCUUCACUACCUGCACGACUACCGCCACAUCUGGAGUGGUGUGACCCACCUCUUCCUCAUCGUCAACGUGAUCGCCAUGAGCAUCUGCUCGGGGCUCGUCAUUGCCAGGAAGUACUCGGAAUAUGCCGUCGGCGGUCUCAUUGCCGUUGUUGUCAUGCAGGCCCUCGGCUACGGCCUGAUCUUUGAUCUCAACUUCUUCCUCCGCAACCUCUCCGUCAUGGGCGGCCUCCUCAUGGUCCUCUCCGACUCGUGGAUCCGCAAGACGCAGGCCUUUGCCGGCCUUCCCCAGCUCGAGGAGAAGGACCGCAAGAUGUACAUCCAGCUCGCCGGACGUGUUUUGCUCAUCUUCCUCUUCAUUGGCUUCGUCUUCAGCGGCGAGUGGACGCUUGGCCGCAUCCUCGUCUCCCUGAUCGGCCUCGUCGCCUGUGUCAUGGUUGUCGUUGGUUUCAAGGCCAAGGCCAGCGCCACGCUUCUCGUCGUCAUCCUCAGCGUCUUCAACAUCCUCGUCAACAACUUCUGGACUCUCCACGAACAGCACCCCCACAAGGACUUUGCCAAGUACGACUUCUUCCAGAUUCUGUCGAUUGUCGGCGGUCUUUUGCUGCUCGUCAACAGCGGGCCCGGCAAGGUCAGCUUCGAUGAGAAGAAGAAGGUCUACUAG